UCUGGUCCCUUAGAAGACUCCAGCAAGUUAUUUGAAGAGGUCUUUGGAGACAUGAUGGUUUCUCCCUCCUUCCCAGAAGCAGAUCCAGCCCUGUCAUCUCCUGGUGCCCCAGAGCUGUGUCAGGAUGAAGCUCAGGUGGUGGAGCAGCUGGCUGCCAAUGGCAAGCACAAUCUGAGUUGGAAGAGGCCCCAAGGACCGGGAUGCGGGCUCCAGAAUACAGGCAACAGCUGCUACCUGAAUGCAGCUCUGCAGUGCUUGACACACACACCACCUCUCGCUGACUACAUACUGUCCCAGGAGUACACUCAGACCUGUUGUUCCCCAGAAGGCUGUAAGAUGUGUGCUAUGGAAGACCAUGUGACCCAGAGUCUCCUGCACUCCCACGCAGGGAGUGUCAUGAAGCCCUCCCAGAUUUUGACCUCUGCCUUCCACAAGCACCAGCAGGAAAAUGCCCAUGAGUUUCUCAUGUUCACCUUGAAAACCAUGCAUGAAUCCUGCCUUCGAGGGCCCAGCCAGUCAGAAGAGGAAUCCCCCUUUGAGGGCAGCUCCUCAAUUCAUGACAUAUUUGGAGGUUGGCGGAGGUCUCAGAUCAAGUGUCUCCACUUCCAGGGCACCUCAGAUACCUACGAUCCCUUCCUGGAUGUCCCCCUGGAUAUCAGCUUGGCUCAGAGUGUGAAGGAAGCCUUGCAGGAUACAGAGAAGGAGAAGAACGCCUACUACUGUGGUAGGUGUAGACAGAAGAUGCCAGCUUCCAAGCUGCAUGUUCAUAGUGCCCCAAAGGUACCCCUGCUAGUGUUAAAGCACUUUUCGGGCUUCAUGGGUAACAAGUUGGACAGAAAAGUAAGCUACCUGGAGUUCAUUGACCUGAAGUCAUACCUGUCCCAGCCUACUGCAGGACCUUUGCCUUAUGCCCUCUAUGCCGUCCUGGUCCAUGAUGGUGCGACUUGUCACAGUGGACAUUACUUCUGUUUUGUCAAAGCCAGCCAUGGGAAGUGGUACAAGAUGGAUGAUACUAAGGUCACCAGGUGCGAUGUAACUUCUGUCCUGAAUGAGAAUGCCUAUGUGCUCUUCUAUGUGCAGCAGACCGACCUCAAACAAGUCAGUAUCGACAUGCCAGAGGGCAGAGUAUAUGAGGUUCUCGACCCCGAUUACCAGCUGAAGAAAUCAGGGAAAAAAAAGCCUAAGAAGAAACACCCUGGCACAGAAGAUGCAGGAGAGCCCUAUGGAAACAGAGAGAAGAGAACAACCAAAGAAACCUCCUUAGGGAAGGGGAAAGUUCUUCAGGAACAGGCCCACCAGAUAGCUGGGAAGAAACAGGAGAAUACCAAACUCAUGCCUCAGGAACAGAACCACCAGAAAGCUGGGCAGAACCUCAGGAAUACCAAAGGUGAACUUGAUCUGCCCGCUGAUGCAAUUGUGAUUCACCAGCCCAGAUCCAUUGCAAACUGGGGCAGGGAUGCUCCAGACAAGGAGAAUCAACCCUG